AUGAUCUACCUGCACGCGCCGAGCGACGCCAAGCCGGUGGUGGUGCACCGGGACCUGAAGCCCCAGAAUGUUCUGCUGCACGAGGACGGCCGCGCCAAGGUGUGCGACUUUGGCAUCUCAAAGGCUUUCACGGCCACGGCCGCGUCGUCCACGCGCCUGCAGCCGGGGACGCCCUCUUACAUGGCACCUGAGCAGUUUGAGGGCCGCCCCGUGACCGACCGCGUCGAUGUGUUUGCGUUUGGUGUGCUGCUUUGGGAGUGCCUCGCGCGCCGCCAGCCGUGGCGGGAGCUCAGCGCCAUGCAGAUCAUAUUUGCUGUUGGCAUACAGGGCGAGCGCCUGCCGCGCCCCUCGGGCUGCCCCGACGGCCUGUGGGCGCUGAUAGAGUCCUGCUGGCGCGAGGCGCCUGAGCAGCGGCCACCGUUCAACGCCAUACUGCCGGCUGUGGAGGAGGAGAUAGGGCUGGUGGACGCUGCAGAGCAGCAGGAGCGGCAGCGGCAGCAGGAACGGCAGCAGCAGCAGGAAAAGCAGCAGCAGCAGCAGGAGGAGGACGAGCAAAGGGCAGCGGGACUGGGACGGCAGAUGGAGUUGGCCAUGUACAUCCAUGAUAUGAGGUGCGGCUGA